CUUGGAGGGUGGGGGAGGGCCCAGAAGUGGAAGAAUUCAGGAAAGUGCAGGCUCUGGGAAGUCUCGGUGGGUUCCCCGCAAAAUCAGAGAUGGCAUCUCACUAUGUUGCCCAGGCUGAUCUCGAACUCCUAACCUCAAGUGAUCCUCUCUCCUUGGCCUCCUAAAGUGCUGGUAUUCCAGGUGUGAGCCACCUCACCCAGCCACAUUUCUCCAUCUUGUAAAAUAUUGCUUUGUUUUUUGGUGCAUUUCAAACCCGCAGGUCCUGACUCCAGGAGCAAGACACUUCAAGUGAGAUGAGGAGGAGGUUCCAGGACCUGGGUACCAUCCUUUGCAGGGAUGUAAUUCACCAGAGACCAAGAUUUCUAGCCAGAAAUUGAGGGCAGCUCAAGGAGAGACUACAGACACGGCAUCCUACUUACUGGCUAUUUCCCAGUAACAGAAGAAAAUGAUCAAGUCUCAGGAAUCACUGACCCUGGAGGAUGUGGCUGUGGAGUUCACCUGGGAGGAGUGGCAGCUCCUCGGCCCUGCUCAGAAGGACCUGUACCGAGAUGUGAUGUUGGAGAACUAUAGCAACCUCGUGUCAGUGGGGUAUCAAGCCAGCAAGCCAGAUGCACUCUUCAAGUUGGAACAAGGAGAACCGUGGACAGUAGAAAAUGACAGCCACAUCUGUCCAGAAAUCAAGAAAGUUGACAAUCAUCUACAGAUACACUCACAAAACCAAAGAUGUCUGAAGAGAGUGGAACAAUGCCAUAAACAUAAUGCAUUUGGAAACAUCAUUCAUCAGAGGAAAAGUGAUUUUCCUUUAAGGCAAAAUCAUGAUACAUUUGACUUACAUGGGAAAAUACUGAAAUCAAAUUUAAGUUUAGUCAACCAGAACAAAAGGUAUGAAAUCAAGAAUUCUGUGGGGGUUCAUGGAGAUGGGAAAUCCUUCCUUCAUGCCAAGCAUGAACAAUUUCAUAAUGAAAUGAACUUCCCUGAAGGUGGAAAUUCUAUGAAUACAAAUUCACAAUUCAUUAAGCAUCAGCAAACUCAAAAGAUAGAUAAACCCCAUGUAUGCACUGAGUGUGGGAAGGCUUUCCUCAAGAAGUCUCGCCUCAUCUAUCAUCAGAGAGUUCACACUGGGGAGAAACCUCAUGGAUGCAGUAUAUAUGGGAAAGCCUUCUCCAGAAAGUCCGGGCUCACUGAACACCAGAGAAACCACACAGGAGAGAAACCCUAUGAAUGCACUGAAUGUGACAAAGCAUUCCGCUGGAAAUCACAGCUCAAUGCACACCAGAAAAUUCAUACGGGAGAGAAGUCAUAUAUAUGCAGUGAUUGUGGAAAAGGCUUUAUCAAGAAGUCUCGGCUCAUUAAUCAUCAGAGAGUUCAUACAGGAGAGAAACCACAUGGAUGCAGCCUGUGUGGGAAGGCCUUCUCCAAAAAGUCCAGGCUCACUGAACACCAGAGAACUCAUACAGGAGAGAAACCCUACGAAUGCACCGAAUGUGACAAAGCAUUCCGCUGGAAAUCACAGCUCAAUGCACAUCAGAAAGCUCACACAGGAGAGAAGUCAUAUAUAUGCCGUGAUUGUGGAAAAGGCUUCAUUCAGAAGGGAAAUCUCAUUGUACAUCAGCGAAUUCAUACUGGAGAAAAACCCUAUAUAUGCAAUGAAUGUGGAAAAGGCUUCAUCCAAAAGGGCAAUCUCCUUAUUCAUCGACGUACUCACACUGGAGAGAAACCCUAUGUAUGCAAUGAGUGUGGGAAAGGCUUCAGCCAGAAGACAUGUUUAAUAUCCCAUCAGAGAUUUCACACAGGAAAGACACCCUUUGUAUGUACUGAGUGUGGAAAAUCCUGCUCACACAAGUCGGGUCUUAUUAACCACCAGAGAAUUCACACAGGAGAGAAACCCUACACAUGCAGUGACUGUGGGAAAGCUUUCAGAGAUAAAUCAUGUCUCAACAGACAUCGGAGAACUCAUACAGGGGAGAGACCCUAUGGAUGUUCUGAUUGUGGGAAAGCUUUCUCCCACUUGUCAUGCCUUGUUUAUCAUAAGGGAAUGCUGCAUGCAAGAGAGAAACGUGUAGGUUCAGUCAAAUUGGAAAAUCCUUUCUCAGAGAGUCAUAGCUUAUCACAUACACGUGAUCUUAUACAGGAUGAAGACUCUGUUAACAUGGUGACUGUGCAGAUGCCUUCUGUGGCAGCUCAGACCUCAUUAACUAACAGUGCGUUCCAAGCAGAUAGCAAAGUAGCCAUUGUGAGCCAGCGUGUUGCCAGAAGUUCAGUCUCAGCAGAUAGUAGAAUUUGCACAGAAUAAAAACCAUAUGAAUGCAGUGAA